AUGGCUUCGAGUAGUCGCAAUGAUUUUGAUCUCAAUGAACAAUAUGGACAAAUAAGUUUGGAGGAUGAGGAGGAGGGGAUUCUAAUUGGUGAGGAAGAUGAAGGGGAUGAGGCUUUGUUUGAUGACAGAUGGUGUUUAGUGGGGAAGUUUCUUACGAGAUGGACCUUUGAUUUUGAUGCUAUGAGACAUAUGAUGGCCUCUGUUUGGCAAUCGAGAAAGGGUGUGUAUAUCAAGGAACUCGACACCAAUCGUUAUCUUUUUCAGUUCUACCAUGAAUUAGAUAUACAAUCGGUUAUAGAUGGAAGCCCUUGGACGUUCAACAAGUGCCCUCUUGUGUUUCAUCGUCUGAAAAAAGGGGAGGAACCAAAAUCUGUUGUUUUGAAUAAGAUUGAUUUUUGGGUUCAGAUUCAUGGCUUAAAAACUGGGUUUAUGUUGGAAAAUAUUGUGAGAAGUGCUGGUGAAUAUGUGGGAAGGUUUGUUAAGUCGGAUUCUAAAAAUUUCAAUGGUUUAUGGAGGGAUUAUCUACGUGUUAGAGCUACGAUUGACAUAGACAAACCAUUGAAAAGAAGAAUGAAAUUGUGUAAAGAGAAUGGUGAUUGGAUAUGGGCAAAUUUUCAAUAUGAACAUCUUCCAACAUUUUGUUUUGCUUGUGGCAUAAUCGGGAACUCCGAAAGAUUUUGUCCAAGAAGGUUUGAUCAACCUCUGGAACAAAUUGCUAAGCCUUAUGGGAUUGGGAUGAGAGCUCAAUUGAAGAAGCAAAAUUACUUGAUCGGUGCUUAG